AUGUGUAUGGCUUCCAUUACUCUGAUGGACCUGAGAAAUUUAACAUGGGAGCGGGACCUAAAUCGCUCAGUGUCGACUGCGUGCUUCUCCAAUUUCUAUCUCCGCAACUUGAUCUCAUUUCUAGAAACCAAAAUGUCUCUCGAUCAGGAUUUCCAGAAAGUCGCCGGUUCAGUCAGGAACUGGAAGACCACCCCAGCUGACAGCGAGAACCUGGCCCUCUACUCCCUCUACAAGCAGGCAACCAUUGGCGACGUUAACAUCGCUGAACCUAGCGGUCUAGUGGAGAAGGCCAAAUUCAAGGCUUGGACCGACCGCAAGGGAAUCUCCCAAGAUGAUGCCAAAAAACAGUACAUCGAACUGGCUGGACAACUGCAGGGCAAAUACGCUUAA